CAUAACCAGGAAAAUCGGCGGCGGGGCGGCGACAAGAUGACGCCCAGACUCAUUUACCUCCUGGCAGUGCUCUACUCCCUGCAGUGCGUCAAGUGCGCAGACCUGCAAGGUUUAGCUAAUUCGGCCCAGAGGACAGCACAAGUCGUGGAGCAAAGCAUAACGAACGCAAGCAUCGCGGCAGAAAACGUGCUCAAGAGCGCCAACACUCAGGCCUCCCAGCUAAUUGAUUCUACACUGACAAGGAUACGGCAGAUGGCUGAGGACGUCGGCAACAAGAUCAAGUCGCUGGUGCAGGCUGGUAGGAAUUUCCAGACAUGUGUCUCCGAGCAGUCUGAAGCCGUGAGGAGUCUCGUGCCUGUGGCAGGUCAGGAGCUACAAGCGUGCGUCCAGGCUGCGGUACAGUCGUUGAGAGAAUAUUCGGCGGACAUUAAAGACAUCGGUGCGCAGGCGCUGCAGCUCCUUCUGCAAGUCCCGGCGCGAGUAUCAAGCUGCACAUUCAGCGGACUCAGUUUACUGAGCUGCCUUGGGACCGUCUUCGAGUACACCUCCUCAAAGGGCCUGCUCCUCGUCUCCUCGUCGAGUCACGAUUUGGCGCAUCUUACAGUACUGGGGUUGCAGUUGCCCGGCCAACUCGCCAAAUGCGGCGCGAGCCAGGUCGCGAAGGUAGCGACUCAGCUCGCAGGUAUCGGGGCUUCUAUUGACGCAUGCGUCACAAGCAGUGCAGCUGCUGCUGACGCUUAAGUUCUCAUAUGAUAGAGAGUAACAGAUGAAAGUUUCUUGUUUAUAUUUUUGUGGUAUUCUGUGUAGGAAUUUUAGAGCGCUGCUCAGUAAUAUACUGCCUCCAUCUUCAGGGUAUAAGUGAAGUUGUAAGCAUUUCCCACAGAAACUUUGGUAACUACCAUAAACCAAUUUUCUGGAGGAAAAUUGUCUCUGCCUUCCAAGUAUAAGUGAAGAUGGAGCAAAUAUAUUCUCCAGAGACGUUGGUUACCAUCUAACAUUCUAUACAGUGCAACAACACAGGAGACUAAUAUUAAUUUGGAACGCCGUAAAAAUAAAUUCAAAUCUAUUUACCAUCAGAAGUCUCACAAAAGCUUACUGGUUUGGAAAAUGUAUUGAAGUGGAAACUAACGCCCUAUAUUCCUUAAAAUCUUGUUCUAAUUAUCAGUGGCAUUAGCGGUUGAAGAUGGUCUGAAGAUCUGAUGGAGAGACGAAUAUCCUCUCGCCACACAAAUGUUGAUAAGUAUUUUGUGUCCUUGUGUUCUUCCUCUUACCGUCACUUAAAAGCACAAGAUUAGUUUCUUCCUCUUGUCUCUCUUUGUCCUGAACACACUCAACUCAGGCGUACCGUUAUAGUAAAAAUAUCUAAUUUGAAAGCGAAACCGUGCUGCCUUACAAAAUCUUAUUUUGUUUGGAUGUGUUUCACCAUCUCGUUCGUGCUAUAAGCGACUGAAUGAGAAAUCCAGAAACAGCAGAGUGGAAGAUUAAUCGCAGGAAAAAAAAUGUAUUCGUCAUUAAUGGUCAGUUGACCGUAUUUUUCGACCCUUGGAUUAAACCCCAGUUUGAAAGUGUCACGGAGAUUACUCAUUGUCAGAUAUGCAUCCAGUAAAACUCUGCCCCUGUAUGGGUUAACUUACGAAACGUCUUUUAGUCACAAUCUCUUAGAAGCUCCAAAAAUGUAUAUACGUGUUAAAUAAAAACAUUGAGACCUGCUAAAA